CGAAAAUUCUCUAGGGUUUGCAAUGGGGGCGACGGAGUCCAGGUCGCUCAAGGAUGAGAUCACAACAAUCUCCGAGAGCAAGGGCGGUGGCGUGGAUCCAAAUUUGAAGGCGCUUCACUCGCUCAAAGUUGCUGGAGCGUUGCUCCCCGGCCAUUCCUCGCCAGAGAGCGGACUCAAGGAGAUCCUCCUCGGCCAGUCUAGUCCCAGCCAAACCUCGGUUGAGAAUCUGUCUCUGGACGCCACCGCGACUGCCGAGCUCUUUUCGUUGUACCACGAGUGGCAAAAGGAAAAUGCCACAAAGCUUUGCAAGCGCCAGGAAGAUCUGGGAUACAGGAUCGAGGCAGUGGAAGAACUAGCUCUCAAAUUGUUCCAGCGCUUGGGACAUUCGGCCUCGGUGAUGAGAACUACUGCUUCGCAUCUCGAUCAAGUUGGAAAGCUUCGUAGCGAUGUCAAAGAUAUGAAGCAAAUCCUGGAAACCACGCUCCACGAGUAUAACUCGCUUUGCAAGAACAUCCAUGACAAUGGACCCGAGUUUCUAAAGCCCAGUGCCAAGCCUUUCUCGGCCAGCGAUUUUGAUAACUCUCCCUUCCAACAAUGAUAAAUAAAAUUUAAAUUUCUCUAGGGUU